CUAAUAAAUAUUUAUAAAUAUUAUAAAUAUCGUAUGCUGUCUGGAGAGGAACCUUUUUGGAUAUAUACGUGUCCUGUCCUAUUUUCCAGUCUCUGCCGCUUCUCUACUUUACAUGAAUUGUUGGAGAUUGUUAAAGAAUCUGUUUUACGCCCUGUAAUAAUCUCGAUUGCAAUUUUAAUCUUUCUUCAAUUAUAUGUAUAUUUAAUAUUGCGAUAAUUGAUUGACGUGUAAUAUUAAUAUUGAUAAUAUGUCAAUAUUUUUUUCUUCUUAUGUUUUAAUCUUUCGCACAUUAUUUUGUUAUACGUUUAAAAUUUGAAAAUGGAAGAUGUCUUAAUGUGCUUUAUAAAGAUUAAUGUACAAUUUGAAUUUAGCGCGUCUGUUUGCCAUUUCGACACGUGACUGAUUUAGUUCUAAUCCAGAUGUCGCUAGAACUGACUUGCUCUUUUAAAGGGGGGAAUUUUCUCCUGUUCUUAACCAUUUAGGUGCAAGCCAGUGCAAGCGAAUUAGAACGACACAUGCGAUUCAGUAUACUUGCCAGUAUAAGCCAUUAUAGCUUUCGUUUAAUUUUGUAAGCCAGUAUUUCAUCCGAUUUUAAGUUGUACAGCACCUGCAGAAUUGGCUAUGCAACCGUUCAAAAGACACGUCUCGUAUUAUUAUGAUAGUGAUAUUGGAAAUUAUUAUUAUGGCCAAGGGCAUCCUAUGAAGCCGCAUCGUAUAAGGAUGACACACAAUCUACUCUUGAACUAUGGUAUUUAUAGGAAGAUGGAGAUAUAUCGACCUCAUAAAGCUACAGCAGAAGAAAUGACAAAAUUUCAUAGCGAUGAUUACAUCAAAUUUUUGAGAUCAAUACGCCCAGACAAUAUGCCGGAAUACAACAAACAAAUGCAACAAUUUAACGUAGGAGAAGAUUGCCCUGUUUUCGACGGCUUGUAUGAAUUUUGUCAGUUAUCAGCUGGUGGAUCUGUAGCUGCUGCUGUAAAACUCAACAAGCAAGCCUCAGAAAUUUGCAUCAAUUGGAGCGGUGGCUUACAUCAUGCAAAGAAAAGCGAAGCUUCUGGUUUUUGCUAUGUAAAUGAUAUUGUACUUGCAAUUUUAGAAUUGCUAAAAUAUCACCAAAGAGUUUUGUACAUUGACAUCGAUGUUCAUCAUGGCGAUGGUGUGGAGGAAGCUUUUUAUGCAACGGAUAGAGUAAUGACAGUCUCAUUUCACAAGUAUGGAGAAUAUUUUCCUGGUACGGGAGACCUUCACGAUGUAGGAGCAGGAAAAGGAAAGUAUUAUGCAGUUAAUGUACCUUUAAGGGAUGGUAUGGAUGAUGAAAGCUAUGAAUCGAUAUUUGUUCCUGUCAUCUCUAAAGUUAUGGAGAUGUUUCAACCUUCCGCUGUUGUUUUACAGUGCGGAGCAGAUUCAUUGACAGGCGAUCGAUUGGGAUGCUUCAAUUUAACUGUGAGAGGUCACGGCAAAUGCGUAGAAUUUGUAAAAAGAUAUAAUUUACCUUUUUUGAUGCUGGGAGGUGGUGGUUAUACCAUCAGAAAUGUGUCCAGAUGUUGGACAUAUGAGACAUCGGUGGCUCUUGGAUGUGAAAUUGAUAAUGAACUUCCAUAUAAUGAUUAUUUCGAAUAUUUCGGCCCUGAUUUUAAAUUACAUAUUAGUCCUUCAAAUAUAUUGAAUCAAAACACUAUCGAAUACCUUGACAAAAUUAAAACAAGACUGUUUGAAAAUUUGAGAAUGCUACCUCAUGCACCUGGCGUACAAAUUCAAGUAAUACCAGAAGAUGGUGCCAUUAUAGAAGAUUUAGAAAUUGAAGAAAAUAUGAAUCUUGAUGAAAGACUGCCUCAAUGUGAUUUAGAUAAAAGGAUACAGCGUGAAAACGAGUAUAGUGAUAGUGAAGAUGAAGGUGAAGGUGGACGAAGAGACAACAGAUCGUACAGAAUGUUUACAAAGCGGCUGCGUUUGGAAAAAAAUCAAGAAAUAGGUAUUAAGAAUCUUAAUGUGAAGAGAGAAGAUAAUAAAAAAUUAGAGUUGAAAGAAAAUAUGAAGGAUGAGAAAGUAAAUUUUAUGAAUGAAGAAAUAAAAAAGAGGACAGAAAUAAUAUCUGGCAAAUAGCUGCUUCAGAGUUUGUAUAUCUGCGACAAAUACAAAAAUUUAAAGUAAUAUAAAAAGUAUAGAUAAGGGUCAGGUUAUUCAAAUGAAAAAUAAUAAGAUUUUUUUUUGUGAGAUUGCUAUCAUGCUGCAUGCUCAAGUCUCUUCAAAUAACGUAUCGUGUGCAGUUUGUUUAGACGGAUGAAAUUGUGAUACAUGGAAUCAAAGUAUAGAAAGAAGUUUACAUAUAAAAGUGACGAGGAUCUUUUCCACGAUUCUUAUGAAUUAAGAGAAAGCACCGAUCCAGAAAUAAAAUUAUAAACAUAUGGAUUUUGUAUAUUACUGCAUUUUUGUACUUUUGUAUUUUUGUUAGUGAGAUAAAUUGCUUUAAAAUAUGCAAUUAAUAUGAGAAUUAGUAUCUUAUAUUAAGAUAAUAAGCAAGUACAAUAUCCUAUAUGUUUAUUAUAGCAGCAUGAUGUGUGUGAUGUGUAUGUUAUUAAAUCAUAUUUGUGUUAUUAUUAAAGUAAAAGAAAAUGAUAUCCGCCAAAGAGAAUGUGUUAAUAUUAUACAUACAUAUAUGCAUA